UCACGUCCUGUGUAUGUGUGCGUUGGUUGACCCAACCGAUGCGCCAGAUAAUAAUUGUCAAAAAUGAUUAUUACAAUCGUGUAUGUGUGAUUAAAAUCAAUCAAAUGGACUAGUCAAGUGCCCCCAAACCAACUCCCCAACUGUGUUCAUCAUCCAUUUGUGCCAUCAACCACAAUAAACUGCGAGAAUAUUUUCCUUAAUCCCCUCAUAACUUAAAUUCCAGGGAAAAUAUUUCACAUAAGAACAGUUUCAUUUAGCCAAGCAUAAAAAAAGGAACGAGUGCUGCAUAGCGAUGUUGUGUAAAGGUGGAACGAAUUAAAUCACGAGGAGUGAAUUAUAAGUUCCAGAGGGAAUAGUGUGACCUUAUUUUUCACCUGGUUGUACCGAAAAACAUCAAAGACUGUCAUAACGUUUCGCGUAAAAAAAAAAGCUGCACUUUUGCUGACGUGUCCGAUAAACAAAUAAAAUAAGAAGAAGGAGAGAAUAGUGACCGAAGAGAUCGGUCGUGGUGAAUGGUGUUGCAGAUAGACUCGGUGUGGGGCUGGGCGUCACCCCCGCUGCGCCUACAGCUAGCCGGGGGGAGCCGGGGCGCCUCGGGGAGCACGACUGGUCCAGCAUCCUCCAGCCAGAGGAUGGGCGAGAUGGUGGUUGAAAGAGCACCAUCACCAGCACGCCUCAGUCAUACCUCCGAGAAGCAUCCUCGUGCUACCCUCACUGAGCUCAAUGUACUAAGACGUCACCGAGAGCUCUGCGACGUUGUCCUCAAUGUGGGUACCAGAAAGAUAUUCGCACAUCGGGUUAUACUCUCGGCAUGCAGCCCCUACUUCAGAGCAAUGUUCACAGGGGAGCUAGCAGAGUCCCGACAGACCGAAGUAACAAUCCGCGACAUCGACGAGGUAGCGAUGGAACUGCUCAUUGACUUUUGCUACACUUCCCACAUAAUAGUAGAAGAGGCAAAUGUUCAAACUCUUCUCCCAGCCGCUUGCCUCCUUCAGCUAGCCGAGAUCCAAGACAUCUGCUGUGAAUUUCUGAAACGUCAAUUAGACCCCUCAAACUGCCUAGGAAUCCGUGCAUUUGCCGACACCCACUCAUGCCGAGAGCUCUUGAGAAUAGCUGAUAAAUUUACACAACACAAUUUCCAAGAGGUCAUGGAGAGCGAGGAGUUCCUUCUACUGCCAGUUGGCCAACUAGUCGAUAUAAUAUCAUCCGAUGAAUUAAAUGUUAGGACGGAGGAGCAGGUGUUCAGUGCUGUGAUGAAUUGGGUCAAGUACAAUGUUACAGAGAGACGACAGCAUUUGGCUCAGGUUCUUCAACACGUGCGUCUACCUCUUCUCUCACCAAAAUUUCUCGUUGGAACUGUUGGUUCAGAUUUACUGGUGCGAUCUGAUGAUGCCUGCAGAGAUCUAGUCGACGAGGCCAAAAACUAUCUUCUUCUGCCCCAGGAGAGGCCUCUCAUGCAGGGCCCAAGAACAAGACCCAGAAAGCCCACACGCAGAGGUGAAGUACUUUUUGCUGUGGGUGGAUGGUGCUCUGGCGAUGCUAUUGCCUCUGUUGAGAGAUUCGAUCCUAAUACAGCUGACUGGAAAAUGGUUGCACCUAUGAGCAAGAGACGUUGUGGGGUUGGAGUGGCUGUUCUCAAUGAUCUCCUUUAUGCUGUUGGGGGACAUGAUGGACAGAGCUAUCUCAAUAGUAUUGAGAGAUACGAUCCUCAAACUAAUCAGUGGUCCUGCGAUGUGGCACCUACAACUUCAUGCAGGACUAGUGUUGGUGUCGCUGUCCUCGAUGGAUUCCUCUAUGCUGUCGGCGGUCAGGAUGGUGUCCAGUGUCUCAAUCAUGUGGAGAGGUAUGAUCCUAAAGAAAACAAAUGGUCAAAAGUAUCCCCGAUGACCACGAGACGACUUGGGGUUGCCGUAGCCGUACUUGGGGGAUAUCUUUAUGCAAUUGGAGGCUCUGAUGGGACAUCGCCUCUGAACACCGUCGAGAGAUACGAUCCCAGGCAGAAUAAGUGGUCUCAGGUGUCACCCAUGUCGACCAGACGAAAACACCUUGGAUGCGCGGUUUUUAAUAAUCUUAUUUAUGCGGUUGGUGGCAGAGAUGACUGCAUGGAGUUGUCCAGUGCAGAGAGGUAUAAUCCGCACACGAAUUCGUGGAGUCCAAUUGUGGCUAUGACUUCUAGAAGAAGUGGGGUGGGCUUGGCUGUCGUAAAUGGUCAACUUUAUGCCGUUGGUGGGUUUGAUGGUACAGCAUAUCUGAAAACCAUCGAGGUUUACGAUCCGGAGCAGAAUCAAUGGCGACUGUGUGGCUGCAUGAACUACAGGCGAUUGGGCGGUGGUGUAGGUGUGAUGAGGGCACCGCAGACUGAAAACUACAUUUGGUAGCUCAGGCCCCCCUCUUCGGCCACAUCGGCUGAAACACCAUCAACACCUAUCACACCAGUUACACCAGUAACACCACCAGCACCACUAUCCGUUCCUAUCGCAUCGACCAAUACUAGAAAACGAUAUCGACGCUCUAUGAGCAUUAUAUGAACAUUAUUUUCAUUAUUUUUUCCAUUGUUUUCAGAGUAUUCACGUGGGGAGGCCAUCUUGGCGUUAAUACUGCCUUAGGUAAUUUUUUUUUUCAAAGAUAUUUUGUUUUCUUUUUCUGGGGAUGAGUGAGAUUUCUUUGGAGGAUCCACUGGGUCAUUCAAACAAUUUCUUGAUUUGUUUUUUGCUUCAUGUGAUUCUGUAUAUAAUUAUCCUUAGUUAUUAUUUAAAUUCGGUCCAAGACUGAUGUGAGACAUUGAUGCCUAAUUUAUAAAGAAUUUAAUAAUGAAUUAAUAAGAUAUAAGGAAUUAUUUACCCUGCGCAGCUCUGAAAAAAAUAUUUUUUCCAUUCCAUACUCACACGAUGAUGAGAAUCUAUACAAUUUAAUGGAGAUAAUUUUGGAAAUUAUUUCCUUAGAAGCAUUUAAUAAUGCGGAUGUAAAUCUCAAGGAAAUCAACGAUUUUUUAUUUGUUUUUAAAGAGGGCUUGAAAUAUAAAUAAAUUGAAAGUUGUGUUUUUGAAAAAGAAAAUGAUUAAAAAAAACAUGCUUUUUAUAAUCGUCAGUGAACGUGCACGUCCGCUUUUAUUGUUGAGAAAAAGAAUAAUUAUUUGUUCAGUAAAUAAUUAUGUGAAACUAACAACUAACGAAGACCGAAAAUAAUCGAAUUAUCAUAAUGAACAAUUGAAACUCAAAGGUUGCACUAAUAACGAUUGAUAAAAAGAGAAUUUUUUUGAUGGAGAAAUUUGAAAUCAUGUAAUAUUGUAAGAUGCACGUCUGAUAGCCGAAUUUCCAAACUACAUAGUCGAUUAUGAUGUUUUCAUUGUGAACAAUUAGCUAAUUAUGUUCGCCAAAAUAUUUUAAAAAUUCUUCCCAUGAUUGAAAAAAUUAUUUUCAUACUCGAGAUGAAGAAUCGAGUCCUUCCAAUGCCUUUCGAUGAAUAAGGUACCAUAUUAUUUAUACUUUUCUCUUCGAUAUUUACUAAUUUAUUCAGAAAUGGAAUAUUAAAAUCUUUACUCUGUCUCUCUCUCUCGAGAUUUUUUCGAAAUUAAGUUGAACGUGUAAAAUGUAAAUGACUAAUUAUGUAUAUAUUGAAAUCUGCGGAGAUAUGAAGGCAGAAAGUGUUGAAGGCGAAAAUAUAUUGUUAA